AUGCUGUACACGACAUCACUAAUGAGGACAGUGUACAAGCCAUCGCUAAUGAGGACACUGUAUAUGACAUCGCUAACGAGGACACUGUACAAGGCAUUGCUAACGAGGACACUGUACACAACAUCGCUAAUGAGGACACCAUAUAAGACAUCACCAAUGAGGAUGCUGUAUAUGACAUCGCUAAUGACACCCACAAGGCAUGCUAACGAGGACGCUGUAGACGACAUUGCUUAUAAGGACACCGUACAAGACAUCGCUAACCAGGACGCUGUAUACGACAUCGCUAAUGAGGACGUUGUAUAUGACAUCGCUAAUGAGGAUGCUUUACAAGACAUAGAUAAUGAGGUUGCUGUAUAUGACAUCGCUAAUGAGGACAUUGUAUAUGACAUCGCUAAUGAGGACGCUCUAUACGACAUCACUAAUGAGGACACUGUAUACAACAUCACUAAUGAGGACGCUGUAUAUGGCAUCGCUAAUGAGGAUGCUGUAUACGAAUUCACUAAUAAGGACGCUGUAUAUGACAUUGCUAAUGAGGACACUGUACAAGACAUCUGUAAAAAAGAAGAUGCUGCCAAUGAGCCAUUGACAUUGGAGAAUGAUACGUACCCUGAAAUAACUCACUUCCUGAGGAAAAAGCGCCAUCUCCAGGAUUUGAUUGUGGAGAGCAUAUCUGAUGAUGGGGAUUUGUAGGACUUUAAAAAGCACUCAUGUUUCCAUCCUCACUGUUGACUCCUGGCUUAAAGGGAGCUCCUGGGGUGAGUGAGGAGGCGGGAUCGGACCCUGGCAGUCUAUCGGCAGCACCUGUGUUCCUCUGCACUGGGCCGUGGAUGACAUUACACACCUUGCUCGCUCAUUGGACAGGAUAGACUGGGAGCCCAGGCCUCAAGGUAAGGACGUGCUCUGUCACCUAGAGGUGCAGUGCUUGGGAAGGCCAACCUUGGAGGGUUGCCUGCCAGCUUUACAGUGACAGAGGUGUUGGGAGGGACUGACCACCAGUGCAUAAGGCUGUGCUUUGUUGGUGACAUAAAGGAUUGUUUCACAGAUUGUUGGGGAGGGACAAUCCCAAGGCCUCCCCUGGCCCUGGUGCUGGCUCUGCACAAAGGCAAUAAGAGAGGGAUGCUGGUAAGGGCUGACCUGUUGCUGUGCUGGGGAGGAAGGUGCUGGGCUGAAAUUCAGGAGGCUGAGGAUGCAGCAAUCCCAUAGGAGGUACGUGACCUUCAGGGUACAUUUUCUUCAUUGAUGAUCAAUGGAAAUGAGAAAUCACUGACUAUUUUUUCUAUCCUUGGAAUCUACUCUCCACUGCUCGUGCUGUUCCUGUCUUUUGGGGAAGAUGGAGGAUCAAUCAGUGUGCGCUGCACUGAGUGGAAGGAAGGAGAACUGUGACAAAAAUUAAGGAAGGAUGAGAGACGGACGGGAGGGCCCUUCAUCCAGCUGCUUGCAGAGUCCUCCUGAGGAGGAAAGCCCCGUGGCUCCCUGGCGAAGGAGCAGUGAGGGCUGCGUGACUCCCACAGUGAAGUGUGUGGUAUGUCUGAGGACACCCAGGCUGGUGGUCCAUGAGGAGCCAGUGGCAGAGUGAGAAGCAGAAAGGCCAGGAGGGUGGCUGGAAGCCAGGCUCUGAGUCAUUCUCCAUGUGAUGGAAACAGCCGGAGCCCAGUGGGCUUGGAGGUACAGGAUGCGGUGGCUGAUGACAGAACAAUGUGGAGAGAGGCGUCAUUUGUCAAAUCCUUACUUUGUUUUGGGCAUUGUGCUAAACGUGGCUCAUCCCAUUUAGGGGCUGAAAGUUGCAGAGGUUUAGGAAGCUCACCCACGAUACCGGAGCCCCCAUCUCCUGCCCUAGUGCCGUCCACCUUCUCACCCAGCCACCACCUGUUUCAGGGGAACACACAGAAGUGGUAACCUCUUAUGGAGAGCCACUCCCACGGUCCUGUGUGUUCCGGAUAUUUUAAAAUAAUGGCUAUAAGGUUGAGCACUUCAGGAUAUGCUGUUUUGCUGUGUGCAGAUGGAGGCAGUGGCUGGAGUGAAUGAACGGCAACACUUGCUGGCAACCGGCAGAAGCUGAGAGACAGGGAACAGGCUCUCCUCCAGAGCCUCCAGGAGCCAGGCCUUUGGACACCUUGAAUGUGGGCUUCUGGGAGACCAUGCGUUUCUGUUAUAAGCAGCCCAGUCUCUGGCAGUUUUUACGGCUGCCCCCGAACACUCAUCUAUACCUGUCUGACCAGGUCAAGCUCCAAGGAAGGGAUUCUCUACAUAUCUACAUUGUUUGCAGAUUUUACAAUAAUCAUUUAUUCUUGCAUGGCUGAUCAUUGUUAACCAAUACAAAUAAAAUAAUAAAGAAAUGACCCACAUUUUA